UCGCUGUGGAAAUGUUCUUCAGUUAACCAAAACAAUCAGCUGGAAACGGAACAACGCAAGCGUGCUUCGGAUUCGGUGUUAGUUUUCCACAAAAACCUGGAAGCGGUCGAAAGCGAUGCCACACCAUUAGCCGAAAGCGAUUUAUAUUGUUAUUCGAAGUAUCUUCUCAGUUUACCACCAUGAUGAUAAGCACUCAAGUACGAUGGCUCGUGCUAACUGCAGUCACAUUGCUGCUCACCCGUCAGACCUCAUCGUGCAGCUCCAAAUACGUUACCAAAGAGAUUGCUCAGGACUUGAGCGAAGGUUUCAACAAUCUGGCCCGAGAUUUGUCUCUGAAACUGGAAACCGACACCAGCAAAGCCGAUAUUAUAUCUCCUGUCAGUAUCGCAUCAUCUCUGCUUCUUCUGAUGAGAACUGCCAGAGGGGAAAAUCGAAUGGACCUGUUGCGACUAUUUGGACUUAAUGGCAAAUACUCGGAAAAUAAUCCCAAAAUACCGAGAACCUUUGCUGCGCUGAUUAAUGAAUUGCUGGACGAUAACCGGAAUAACACCAAACUGCUGGAUAUCAACGCUGUCUGGAAGAAUGAAAGUAAAUGUGAGAUUCCCAGCGAUUAUUACUACGACGAUGAUUACGAUGGCUUCGAGCCUAUUGAGAGUGUUCCGGAGGACCCAAUUAAGAAGAACCAAAUAAAACUGGCCAAUGCCAUAUUUGUUCAAAACAAGCUGUUCAACAACACAAGGCUUCAGCGGAUCGUCAAACAAUAUUAUCGCAGUUCAGUGGAAGCUCUUGAUUUUUUCAACCAUCCAGAUGUAGCUAAAAAUCACAUCAACAAAUGGGUUAAAGAAAACACCAACGGUCGCAUACCGGAGAUAAUAUCCGAUGAGCUUAAUCCUGAAACUACCAUGACCGUGGCUAACGCGUUGUACUUCAAGGCAUUCUGGGAAGAUGUAUUUUUGGCAGGAGCAACCAAAAUGCGUAAAUUUUUCCCCAACGGAGAACACGAGGAGUCGAUAGAAGCUGAGAUCAUGGCCCACGAAGGAUGUUUUCCGUACUUUAGAUCUAUGCAAUUAGACGCACGCAUCAUGGGAUUCCCAUAUAAAAAUCGCACAUUCACCAUGUACGUCAUUUUGCCGAAUAAUUCUUCCCGGUCAAAAGUACAACAGUUAUUGCAGAAGCUAGAUGCUGCCACUUUGGAUGACUUGAUUUCGAACAUGAAAAUGACUACGGCUUCCGUUCUGUUCCCAAAGAUGCAUCUCACCAGCUCCUUUGACCUCAAAGCAGCCCUCCAAAAGCUUGGCAUGGAAUCACUGUUCGAUCGAGAACGAAGCAACUUUUCGUUGCUAAAUCCGUCACAUCCUGAGACAAGUCCGACCGUGUCAGCGGUGCUUCAUAAGGUCGACCUUUCGAUAGAUGAAUCCGGUACCGAAGGGGCAGCCGUUACGGCCACACUGCUUGACCGAUCCAUGCCAACGGUGAACUUCCGCGUGAUUGUACCUUUUAUACUGGCGAUCCGACAUGACGCAACACGACUAUUACUGUUCUACGGACCAAUCUAUGAUCCAUCGGCAUAAAAUGUUACUCAAGUUUAUCAUCGCCGAUAUGUUCAAUGAUGCAUAAAGGAACUAUCCAAAAUUGGUUUGUUCCGACUUUACCUCAGAAAUGAAAAAUAUUUAUUUAUUUGUAUUACUGUACUAUCUGUAGGUUUUUUCAAGUCUAUGCAUAAGGUUCGAUAGUGAAUAUUACAUCCCAAAUGGUCUCAAAA